AUGCUACUAAGAAGCUUAAAGAAUCUGCUUAAUACAAAAUGCCUCGAAGAUUGUAAAAAACAGCACGGAAAAUAUCCUGAGAACCCUGCCUUGAAGGACAUUGAGUCCAAGUUGCAGCAGGUUAAAAAGCUUGGAGAGAGUCUUAAAGGAUUAACUGACAAUAACAAUUGUGAAAAGCUUUUAGAUAACCUGUGCACUGGCCUCGAGACUUUCCUCGGCUUCAACAAAGACUCCAAAGGCUACGACGGCUCUGGGAUAGUGUACUCCGACUUGGAUAGGCUGUGUGACGGGGUGAUGGGAUUUUUGAGUGGUGUGCUUGGUGCGGUGAAAAACGAAAAUGAAGUGAUAACUUAUGAUACAGAUAAGAAUAAAGACAUUAAUACGGUUAUUAACACUUUAAAUAAUAAAAUUGGCUCCGGGCGUACUGGGCUUCUGGAUGCUGUCGGCGCGGUGAAGGGGUGGUUGGAGGGGUAUAGGAGACAAAUUUGGACGUUAACAGGUUCCGUAAACAUAGAAAUAGAGAAAUUGAAAGAUGAUAUAAUUAAUAAGGAAUCGAUGAAUACUGUUUCAAUCAAUGACAAUAAGCCACUGAAGAAGCAGUUGGAGGAGUGGACUACAGUGGUUGAAAAAAUAAAAAAUGCGGCUAGAAAAAUUGAAACAAAUCACGUCAAUAAAUUAGACUACACAUUGAGCAACAAAAUAAAUGGUGAAUUAAACGUCGUUAAGGAAGCUGUGAAGAUGUUAAAGGAGAGCGCCGAGCAGAAGGAAUUUAAAGCUCAGGCAGCGUACGUUGAUGAGCAGUUGGGGAGACAGAAAAGAGAAGUAGUAAACAAAAUUAAAUAUGAAUGCGAAGUGCUGCAGGUGCGGUUAAAUGAUGAAAUAAAGAAGAUCUUACUUCAACUUGGUCAUCUGGGAGAUGAGAAACGAAAACACUUCGAAAAGAUUCGGGAAGCAAUCUCGCAAACCAGGGAUGCAAUUACCGAGAACGUUACAUAUUAUGACUCGAAUUAUACAGACAAAAUCUGGAAACAUUUAUAUGAAAUUAAAAUGCAACUGGAGAAUUAUGUCAAGGACGAUAAAUCACCGCUGCAGACCUUGUGCAAGGCAGUUCAAUCUGAGGCAAAGGAUUUGGAUAAAAGAAUCCAAGACGAUUUGUAUAAGUUUAAAGUUAGUAUAAACGGCGAAAUAUUUGAUCAUGUUAAGAAAUAUCUGAAGACAGUUCGUGCGGCCAUUCCAGAGUUGGAAAAUGUGUAUAAGAGAAAAUUGGUAGCUGUUAGAGAUGCUGUGAUAGGGGCUGUCGGAAAUGAUGGAAAUCUGGGAGCGCAAAAAAGUGGCGUUCUCGGUAAGCUGAAGGAUCUUGACGACGAUGUGAAAAAAGACUUGCGGAAGCUGAGGGAUAGAAUCAAAAACAAACUUGAUGCUUACGUUAAGGGGCAGAUGGCGCAGCAGAUUAAAGAGGCGAUUCAAGAGGAAACUAAAGCCGUUGCACAUCAUGAGGAAGCUAAAAAAACUCAACAUCCUGGCCAUUUGGAUAAAAUUACUGACGGCAUAAGAAAGUAUGCGCAGGGACUUCGAACUGACUCAAUUGUCGCCACGGUUGAACAAUGGUUAAUCAAGAUAUUGGAUAAAAAUGAUACAGUAAAUAUGCAUAUUGACUGGUAUAUUCAGAGUAAGCAGCCUAGUAUUAGCCUCGUUGGAGACGAGUUGGAGAGCAAACGUAGUCAAGCGAUCGCUUUUAUUAAACCGAAAAUAUCAAAUCUUCUCAAAGACCGCGAAAUACGUACGCCAAGUAUUAAUGGAAACGUCACAGCUAUAUUGUCAGAAAUAAUUAGAUUUCAUGACGACGUAGUUAAAGCGAUUGAGCAAGGUGUUGACCCGGUGAAGGCUGACAGCAUAGCCACGGAGGUUGAGACCACCCUUGGAUUCGGUGGCGUCUCCAGCGGGACUUCUGACCCUAAAGAGUAUCUCAAAAGUGCUAUACGCACGAUUUCACUACAACUUAUUCUUGUAGUCAGAAAGUGUGCUGAGGAAAUCAAAUCAUUUGCCGGUAUGGAUAAACAAAGAGCCAAUCAUUACGAACUUGGCAAGAACGUAAAUGACGCGAUCGAGACUAUCAAGGCGCUCGGUCAGAAGAUUAGUGAUGCCCUUGGAAAAACCACCGAAGUGGACCAGCUUGGUGGUCAAAUUCUUGGUCAGAUUGCUGCACAACUAAAGGAUGUGAUCGACGGUGAUGGAAUUGAUGAUUUAAAUUUAAUAACGUUUAAUGAAAACUCCGGUGCAGAUAAUGCUCUAAUGCCAAAUUAUUUAAAGCAGACAAAAAGAGAUAUAUCAGGUGUAGGUACAGGUGACGGUGUGCUUCGAGCUGAGAUAAAAAAUAUUAAUAAAAAGGUUGCGGGUAUCGAGGGCGAACAAAGCGCGCCAGGGAAUAUAAAAAUUCAUGAUCUCGAAUCAUACGAUUAUAAAAACAAGAAACGAGAGCUCAACGCUGCCCUCAAGAACGAGAAAGAGCUUUAUGAAGAACUUCAGAAACAAGUUGGUAACGCAUUUCAAAAUGCUCAUAAAGACCUGAGUAAAAUAAAGGAUGUUAUGAAAAAAUGCCACGACACCCGAGUAUCCCUCGAAUCCUCACUCAUACAAAUUCAAGCAGAGCUGUUUUCGCUUGCAAAUUUCGUGACCACUCUGGAUGAUAAAAAGAACCAAAUAGUAGGAAUCAUGGAUGGAUUGAAGCAAGAUAUUAACGCACUUCAAAACAAAAUUAAUUAUAUAACUCAAAUGGUUAAGGAAUCUAACGACGCUAUAGAUUCUGCAAUUCUCGACGUUGAAAAAUCUGUUCGUGAAACGUAUAAAGCCUUAAACGCAGCUUUCACAGUCACGCAACGCAAUCUGAUUGCCACCACUGAACAAGCAUUUAACGAAAUCACCAAAGAAGUCCAACUACUGUUUAACAGGCAUCAACUCUCCGACCUAACCGCCCUCAAAUCUUUAGUAGGCAGCCAGCUAGAUGUAAUUAGAGACAUCAUCACCGAAAACUUAACAACCGGAUCGAAGGGUUUUCUUGCCAAACUCCACGAGACUUUCGUUGUCACAGUGGAGCGCAUCGACGGCUUCGGGACACCCUCAAAGUCAGCAUUAAGUAGCGGGGCUGAAACCUUAAACACCGCCUUCACCGCAUUCUUCUCCAAGUUGAGCAAGCAAAAGGACUUCACCUUCGACUUCGACAAAAUCUCCUCCACCAACGACGCUCUCGACAACCUGCUCAAAGGCCUCGUUAUUUCACAGCACUUCGACCACGGAUUUACAAAAAACCUGCAAAGGCUGAAGAACCGACUCGGCCAAUUCACUCCGGAGAAAUUCGGCGAUGGUGAGAGUCCCGCAGUUUUGGAAGCGUUGAGAAAGGGGUACCCGGCGUUGGUUGGUGAGCUGGAUAAAGCGUACGUUAAUACAUAUGACGGUGCCGAUAGCAUUGUUUGGUCACAAAAAACAAAUAAUAAAGACCACCCGUCCGAAGACUCUGCUAAAUGCGCCAAGGUGUGCCUGUCGCUGCUCUCCAUCCUGUAUUCCGAGUUCAAGACUAUACUGAAGUACUGCGUUGCAAGGUGUAAAAGCGAUCAAAUAAACAUAAACACAGAGCUCGGAAAAUAUUUUGCCACUCAAGGCUACAAAGUUACCGAGGACGGGAAGAAGCACUGGGAGCUGCAGGACAGUAAAGGCAUGACAGGACUAUUCAUCUGCAAACGUAUGUUCGGAAGUGAUGAACACCACUUGUAUUACAUUGAUAAAUCCAAGCAAAACGCACUGGAUACACUGCACGACUGUCUCCAGAUAUAUUACCAAGUCUGCCACGUCGCCACCUUCUCUGCGAGGAAACGUCCAUGUAACAUAUUCGAGAUGCUGUGCUGGGUGUCCGGGCUACCGUGCAAUAACGUGUAUCAACAUCUGUUAGAUGACGCUAUCAGCGAACUGUUCGUCGAUCCCACUAAACAGCCCGAAGACGCCGAUGGCAUCCCCGUCACAUAUAUCAGCGACGAACCGCUGGCAGCGUAUCCACAAAACAUAGCGCUGGAUAAUACUCAGCGAGCAGUGAAACGUCUGUGUUCGAGAUCUCACGAUAUUCUCACAACAAUCGCUGGAACCGGGGACGCGUACUCCAUGUACGCCGUCGACUACUCCACCAAUUCGCUGAACUUUCACUACCCAUCCAAGGGCGAAGAUUGCCUUCAGAUGCUAUUGGACGUGCUUCGCAGACUACUACCCUCGCUUAAAUUUUUGCAUACUCAAUGCGGCCUAAGCGCUACAUACCACGGCUGGUCCGGCUGUCAGUACGGCAGAGGAGUCAAACACUCCAAUUGGCAAUGCGGUGAACAUCCCGCCGACGAGUCAACCGAUUGCCAACCCAGAUCGCCGUUGAUGUCGUAUCUUCGCGACAGCCUACCCGGGUGCCUGCCUCACCAGUUGGUUUCAGCGGGGUGUAAGUCCGAGUGUAAAACGUGUCCCAAAAGCCUACCCGGUGCGCCAUGUAUAACACCACUUGGCUUUAGGGGUUUCUCUGGAAGUACGAAGACAGGUAAGGACAUAUGUACCGUGCUGACCAAAUUCUUCGACAUUUCGAAUAUUAACGCGCUCUUCGGUCUGCUGCCCAAACCGCCAUCUACGUUGCCGGAGCACUUCCAAUUUGCGUUGACGCUAAGUAGUAUGUUAGAUAACGCUAAAGCCGCUAGUGAUGUCAGCUUAGCUUUUGAAACGAAAACGAAAGCGCUGUCCAUCGAGCUAUACAAGGAGACCAGCAAACUCACAGGUGCGCUGCAGAAUGCAUAUCGCAACCAAACAGGCCACAACAGCUCGGGCCAUUCCAAAUCCACGGAGGCUGACUUGUGGAGCUUGUCGAAAGAUUCGUGCAAUCUACCUCAUGACAGGGAUAUUCACUGCGCUGCCUACCUUUGCUCCACAUCUUCCGAUGCGUACACGUACCUCGCCAAAAAGCACGCCGAUCUCUACCUCUCAUGGGCUGUAUAUCUACGUUAA